CGCGCCAUCUUCUCCAUUGGCUUCCUUUCAUCACCAUAUUUGGUAGUGAGUGGAAACGCCAACCGGAUGCUUCACAUUUAUACAUCCGGUGAGAUAUCUGGCUGUACCGCAAUUCUUGUAAACAUGGCGGAGACUGAACACCAUUCAGGCUCCUCCCCCGAAGAUGACUCACCACCGAUCCCUGUCUGUCAGAACUUCAUGGUGCCCAAAAAGGAGAUCAGCAUGUUUCCUGAUAUGGGGAAGUGGAAACGUUCCCAGGCGUAUGCUGAUUACAUGGGAUUCAUUCUGACGCUGAACGAGGGAGUGAAGGGGAAGAAACUUACAUGUGAAUACAAAGUGUCUGAGACCAUAGAGAAGCUUCUGGCUCUGUUGGGGACUCUGGACCGCUGGAUAGAUGAGACCCCUCCUGAAGACCAGCCCUCUCGCUUCGGCAACAAGGCCUACAGGACUUGGUACGCCAAGCUCGACCAGGAAGCAGAGGGCCUGGUUGCAGCAGUCAUCCCAGAAGACAAGGUAGCUGCGGCUCCAGAGAUAGCUGUGUAUUUGAAGGAGGCGGUGGGGAACUCCACCAGGAUAGACUAUGGAACAGGUCACGAGGCUGCCUUUGCCAUCUUCCUCUGCUGUCUCUGCAAGAUCGGAGCUCUCAGGGUAGAUGACCAGUUGGCCAUCAUUUUCAAGGUGUUUGACAGGUAUCUGGUGGUCAUGCGCAAGCUUCAGAAAACCUACAGAAUGGAGCCUGCUGGCAGCCAGGGGGUCUGGGGGUUGGAUGAUUUCCAAUUUCUACCUUUCAUAUGGGGCAGCUCCCAGUUUGUAGACCACCCCACGUUGGAGCCCAAGCACUUUGUCGAUGAAAAAGUGGUCAACGAGAAUCACCACGACUACAUGUUCCUGGAGUGUAUCAAAUUCAUUAAUGAGAUGAAAACUGGUCCGUUUGCUGAGCAUUCCAAUCAGCUGUGGAACAUCAGCGCUGUCCCCACCUGGUCCAAAGUCAACCAGGGCCUGAUCCGAAUGUACAAGGCAGAGUGCUUGGAGAAGUUCCCUGUUAUUCAGCACUUCAAGUUUGGCAGUCUCAUCUCCAUCCAGCCUGUGAAGCCCUGACGGCCAUCCAAAGAAACCAUGUGUGUGACGGAGAGACCAAACUCCCAACAUCCCUUGAGGAUGAACGCCCGAUCCUCACCCAAGAAAGAUCCCCAAAUUCAUCCCUAAUAUUAGCACAGACACCAACCCCAAAAUCUGUCUCUUUCGAGAACAAAUACCCUCCCCAAAUUGCCAAUGACGGCACCACGAUCAUCAGUGACUCAAUUUGGUUUUGUUUUGUUGUCUUUCUGUCCCCCUGAAGAUUGAAGCGUUUUUUGUGUGUAUGUGUGUCUCUGUGUAAGCGUGUUAUGGAAAGCUGUCAGUCAUUCUCAAUGCAAUACUGAGAGUGUGUGCACCUUUAUUAGUGUGUCUAUUUAUUUCUAUAAAUGUAUGAAUGUUGACCAGGGUUGUGUUCAUUAGGCACCAAAUGGAAGAAAAUGGACUGAAAGAGGGGACUAACUGAACCUGUCCAAUAAGUAACACAUUUUUUGUUUUUCUGUUGCGUAAUAUUUUGGAACGUUUUCCAUUGUGUGCUCUAAUGAACACUCCCCUGGUGUAGCAGGGAUAGGUUAGCCUUGUUGGAUAAACAUUGCCGAGACAAGAGCUUGGCUUUACUGUGAGUGGCCUGAUGUGUAUAGCUCCUACCCCAUACUGGACACUUGAGUCUUGAGACAGAGCUGUUUUUUUUACAACAGGUUGUGAUAUAAAUGUGUUUCUCUGAUUAUUUGAGAUAUUCUAAAUUCUUUAGCAGUUCUGAUUUUUGUUUUGAGUGUCCACUGAUGUUUUGACCAACUGUUUUCAGUUUUGUUGCAUAAUGUGUCUGUCAUUAUUGCCUGUAUGAUCAUCUAAGUUGUAAGUCAUAUUAUAAUAAUUUGUUAAUUUUG